AUGGGUGGGAACAACAUCUUUGUCGUCGAUCCUUGGGAGCUCAAGUUUGUCGAGUGCUUCAUGGAUCAGAAGGUGAAUCGGCAGGGCAACAAGUACUACCUGUGCUACCCGUGUGACACCCCCGUCGCCAUCUGCAAGUGGUCAGAGAAACUUGGGAUCUGCGAGAUACAUGACAGGGACUUGAACGGCCAGCUCGAUGCAGCUCGCGAGGUCCUGGCAACCAAGAACCUGAAGCUCGUGCGGUCGGCGGUGGCCCUCACAGUGCAAGGAGAGCUUGUCGAGCAGGUUGAGCUGACGCCUCCUCCUCACGAGGUUCUUGAAGACCGAGAGGAGUUUGUGCGUAUCAUCGCCAAGUUCCUCUACAGGAAUGAGAUCCACCUGGUGACGGAGCUGCUCGACCCUGUGCUCAUCGUGUGCAAGGAAGGAGUGCUGUCAACAAACUUGCAACGAGAUCUCAAGGAGAAGUUCCAGAACGAGCAGAUCCAGGUCCUCGAGCUGAUGAGCGAGCUCGACCUCAUCACGGUGUUUCCUAAGAUCGAGGAUUCGAUUGCCAAGAGGUUCGUGAAGUUCUUGCCGCACCAGUGA